AUGGGUGGCAAUCAACAGGAAGCCGGGUUAGGUGAUGAUUUCUUCGAGCAGAUCCUGUCGGUACCACCGGGAUACGGUGGUGGUGGCGGCGGCGGAGGCGGUGAUGCUACCUUACCUAUGGGGUUGCAGCUAGGGUCAGGUGGUGGUGAUGCAACCGGAGGCACUGGUGGUGGAGGAUUUAGAGGGAUGGGAAUGAUGCCUUUAGGGUUGAAUUUGGAACAUGGAUUCUUGAGACAUGAAGAUGGAGUUGUUGAUAACAGCAGCAGCAACAACAACAAUGCUUCUUGUUCAGCUGGUUCUGCUGUUGCUGGAAUCAGUGAGAGAGAUUCUAUGCAUAUGGUAAGUUUGUUUCCACCUUUUGGACAAAUGCAAGCUCAGCAAAUUCGCCCUUCACCGCCGCCGCCUCAGCCUCCACAGCAGCUCCACCAGCCAUUUCAUAGCCAGCCAACAUCGGGUCCAGUUGCUGCUGCACCGCAGCCACCUGCCGCCCGUCCUAGGGUACGAGCUAGGCGAGGACAGGCGACCGAUCCCCACAGUAUCGCAGAGCGGCUACGUCGAGAAAGAAUCGCCGAAAGAAUGAAGGCUUUGCAAGAGUUGGUUCCUAGCUGCAACAAGACGGACAGGGCAGCUAUGCUCGACGAAAUUGUAGAUUACGUGAAGUUCCUUAGACUUCAAGUUAAGGUUCUCAGCAUGAGCAGACUUGGUCCCGCAGGUGCCGUGACUCCGCUUGUAGCCGAUAUACCAUUAUUAUCCGUUGAGGGAGAUGGAAGCCAGCCUGCCUGGGAAAAAUGGUCAAACGAUGGCACCGAACAGCAAGUGGCUAAGCUGAUGGAAGAAGACAUCGGAGCCGCCAUGCAGUUUCUUCAGUCCAAGGCGCUCUGCAUCGUGCCGAUCUCACUGACGUCCGCCAGCUUCCCCGCACAUCAAUCGGAUGCACCGACGAUCGUCAAGCCCGAAUCGAACAAUCCUUCAUAGAAGAUCCAAAAUCAACUUCAUGAUGCAUGUAGAAAUCACUCCUAGCUCACUCGCGAUAAGCUGUUCCGUGGUUCGAUCGAGGCUCUAACUCCAACCACCGGCAACUUUUUUGGAAGGUAUAUGGUAUAUCCCACGGUGUAUGUCAAAUGGAAAAACAAAAACUCCAAAGGUGGAUUGAUGUAUUCCUCUAAUUUGUAAUACGAGUGGAGGAUGACCAUAAAAUAAUUGUGGUAGGGAUUCGCUUUCUUUUAUUUUCCUUUUUCUUGGAUAAUGGGAAGUGGGACCAUCGAAAUUGGAUGGGUAGGUAUCUCCACGAUGCAUUUGAAGAAAAUUUUAAUGCAACUUGAACCAUGUUAUGUACUUCCCUUUUAUAUGGCCUUUGCCCACCGUCGAA